AUGUCUGACUGGGAUUCCGUCACUAUCAUUGGCAAGGCCGCUCGUGGUGGCUCUGCGCCCCGUGAGACCGUCGUCAAGGGCCGUUCUGCUCUUAACGCCGCCGCACGCUCUGGCAUGAUCGUUGGCACUGAGAAGAAGUACGCCACUGGCAACUCUGCUAGCCGUCCAGCCGUAGAAGGUCAGCAUUUGACAAAGGUCGAUCGAUCAGAUGAAAUCGUGAAGCCCAAGACAGUUGGCCACGAGGUUGGAGAUGCGAUUAAGCGCCGCCGAAACGAAGAAGGCAUCAAGCUCAGUCAGAAGGAACUUGCUACAAAGUGCAACACUACCGUUUCGGUCAUCCAGGACUUUGAGCGUGGAACUGCCGCUCCAGACCAGAAAGUUUUGGCCGCGAUGGAGAGGGUGUUGAAUGUUAAAUUGCGUGGAUCGGGGAUUGGGCAGGAGAAGUUCCCUAAGAAGAAGAAGUAA